GUGGGGGGAGGAGAUGAAAAGAUGUGACAAGUCCCCAACCUGCACCACUUCCCAAACUGGUGGACACAGCCCCGCCCCUGCCCAGACAUCUCGGAGCCGGGGGAGGUGUGAAUGGCCUUCUUUGUGCCUCUGAAUUGGAAGCAAUUAGGUGCUACUUAUCUGGGCUGGGGGGAGGAUUGGAGCGGUCUUUGCAAACCUGCUUGCCACUCCCUCCUCCUGAGCUCAUAAAUGCAGCUCAGCCCUGCUAAACCCUCGGAGGACCCUGCGCCUCACCUCCACAGUCUGUCCCCUACAGCCAUGUCUCCUUCCUCUACCCUGCCCAGUGGCUUCAAGCCGUCCAGCUUUGGCUCAGUGGACUGGCUUUCCCGGAGCAGCCACGUGGGGCCGGCACACACCAUCAGGCCCGCUGAACUAUCCUGGGGGAGCCUGUGUGCUCCAGCCAGGGUAUCCAGCAGCGGGGAGCUCCCCCAGACCGUGGGCGUGGAGGAGGUGAAGCCCUCGGAAGUGUCUGCGCCAGGGACACCUGCAGCUGGGGUGAGGAAGGAGGCCGACAGCGGGCGGGUGCCCCGGGUCCGCACGGCCUUCACGGCGGAGCAGGUCAGCACCCUGGAGAGCGCCUUCCAGCACCAACGCUACCUGGGCCCCCUGGAGCGCCGGAAGCUGGCCCGGGAGAUGCGGCUCUCCGAAGUGCAGAUAAAAACCUGGUUUCAGAACCGCCGCAUGAAGCACAAGCAUCAGCUCCAGGACUCUCAGCUGAGCUGCCCUUUCUCCAGAACGCUCUAUACGCCAGUGGCUUUCUGCCCGCCACUCUCUGCCCUGGCCAGUAGCUUACCGCCACUGUACCCUUGGGCUUCCCCGCUUGGGCCUCCGGCUCUGGGAUGGCCCCCUGGCUCCUUCUGGGACCGCUGCCAAGUGGAACAAGCCUCCCUGGCCUUGACGUGGGCCUCGUGCAGCAGACAGCCUCCAGUGUGCUGCCUCCCAGACCCUGGGGGCCUGGUGCACACACUGGGCCCAGCUUUGUCCAGGGGUCCCUGGGGCCUGUGUGCCUUGCCCCAGACCAAGGAUGCCGUCUGA